AUGAUGGCUACCGUCAAGGAGUCUUUACAGGUUAAUAAUAUUCAUUAUCUUCCUGAUGAUUUACUGUUGGACUGCUUAGCCCGCGUUUCGAGAUUGUACUAUCCGACUCUCUCCUUAGUUUCCAAGAGAUUUCGUUCUAUCAUCGCAUCGAUUGAGCUUUACCAAACCCGAACGCUCUUAGGACGAACCGAGACUUGUCUCUAUCUGUGCAUCAAUUUUCUUGGUUGUAAGCAACGUUGGUUCACUCUAUGCCGAAGACCAACUCAAACCCGUAACCCUAACCCUAAACCACGAUGGUUCACUGCAUGCUUUAGACCAUAUAGAAUCCAGAUGAGUCGCACUCGGAAGGAAGAGAAGAAGCCGAGCGAAAAUCUUAUGGUCCCAGUAUUUACUCGCAUUUAUUCUACUUCGUAUCGGUGUGUUCGUGCGCUAAUUGGUUCUAAUAUCUACAGGAUUGGCAAACAACGAGCCGGUAAUGGGUUCGGGUCUAGGGUCUUCUUCUUGGACUGUCGUUCUCACACUUGGCACGAAGCUCCAAGCAUGCCGAUUGCACAAAACUGGCCCCUUGUGAGUGUUCUUGAUGGGAAAAUAUACGUGGUCGAAGACCAUAAAGGUCUUGAUUCCUCGAAUUUGAUAGAGUCAUUCGAUCCAAAAACCCAAAAAUGGGCGCAUGUGCCAGGCCCUAGUGCGGAAAUAGCCGCGGGUUUAGUAUUAAGAAGCUUAGCCAUGGACGGAAAGCUUUACCUGUUUGGGAUUGAUAAAACCGUGGCUUACAAGCCCAAGGAGAAUAAAUGGGAUGUUGUAGAAUUAGAUAUGCGUUUGGGUUCGGUUGACAAUGAAUCUUUUUGCGUGAUAGAUAACGUGAUGUACAGUCGACAUAUGUCGGAAAUGUUCCAAUGGUACGACUCCAAGGGAAGAUUGUGGAGAGAUUUGAAGGGUUUGGAAGAACUUCCUAUUUCACCAAAUACCCGUGUUAGGCUGGUAAAUUAUGGUGGAAAAAUCGCAGCUUUGUGGGGGAAGCAAGUGCGUUCUGCUGUUGACUCUGACAAUAUGAUGAUUUGGUGUGCUGUGAUUGCGGUUGAAAUACGCAACGAACAAGAGGUUUAUGGGAAGAUUGAGUGGUGUGAUGUUGUGCUUACAGUUCCUAAGUCAUGUCGACUGGAAUUUCUUGCUGUUAACGUUUGA